GGGAGGAAGGGGCGCCAGCGGCGGGCGGGAUCCUGCGAGGCGCGUGAAGCCUCGCUGGCGCCUCGUCCGAGAUACAAACGCUGGCGGGCGCGGAGUUUCUCACGACCAGCCGAGCCCGUCUCUGCUAACUACAUCUCAGAAGGAAUCAGCUUUUUAUCAAUGGACCCAUUCAUCAAAUGCAGUAUGCCUCUACUAUUUUAAAAAGCUUUGUGUUUCAUAAUGGAAAAAUUUACUCCCCAAAAUGAAAAUGGAGACAUCUGAGAAGGUGGUUUAAGGUGUGGACAUUUGAGAAAGUGAACGAAAGGAUAAAUAUUGAAAGAUUAAUCGUAAUUUUUUUAAAAAAACCAAGAAGGCUGCCUCUUGACAGAAAACACUUUUAUUCAAUAUGUAUUUUCUGAAAUUAAGAGAGAGAGACAAGAAUAGACUUAAAAGAAAAUAGAUGAAGAUGUUUGGUAAGUGAGCAAUGUCAGCUCUUUUUCUGAUGAGGAUAAUUCAGUGAUGUUAAAUCCGUUCCAAAUUCCUGGUUGUAGUCCUAAAGCCAAGAUUCUUUUUUGUUGGGACUGUUAUUAAGGGAAGUAGGAUCUUUUGUGCAUUCAACUCACAGUUGUAGAACUUGCAGUCUUCGGCAUGAGUAACUUAAAAGAGGAAAUAAAGAAGCUUUCAACUAAAUCCAAAAGUACAGUCAUUUUUUUUACUGCUGUGAUUUAAAAAGCCUCUUCAUAACCAUUGAAAAAGGACUGACAACUAUUUUAAAAGAUUAAAGAAAGGCAGAUGUCUGCAAACAAUUCUCCUCCCUCAGCCCAGAAGUCUGUAUUACCUACAACUCUUCCUGUGGUGCUUCCAACUCCUUCUCCCUGUGCAAGUCCUAAGACAGGACUCUCUGCCCGACUCUCCAAUGGAAGCUUCAGCGCACCGUCACUCACCAACUCCAGAGGCUCAGUGCAUACAAUUUCAUUUCUACUGCAAAUUGGCCUCACACGGGAGACUGUUACCAUUGAAGCCCAGGAACUAUCUUUGUCUGCUGUCAAGGAUCUUGUGUGCUCCAUUGUUUAUCAAAAGUUUCCAGAGUGUGGAUUCUUUGGCAUGUAUGACAAAAUUCUUCUGUUUCGCCAUGACAUGAACUCAGAAAAUAUUUUGCAGCUGAUUACCUCAGCAGAUGAAAUACAUGAAGGAGACCUAGUAGAAGUUGUUCUUUCUGCUUUGGCCACAGUAGAAGACUUCCAGAUUCGUCCACAUACUCUCUAUGUACAUUCUUACAAAGCUCCUACUUUUUGUGAUUAUUGUGGCGAGAUGCUCUGGGGAUUGGUACGUCAGGGACUGAAAUGUGAAGGCUGUGGAUUAAAUUAUCAUAAACGAUGUGCCUUCAAGAUUCCAAAUAACUGUAGUGGAGUAAGAAAGAGGCGUCUGUCAAACGUAUCUCUGCCAGGACCUGGCCUCUCAGUCCCAAGACCCCUCCAGACUGAAUGUGUAGCCCUUCUCACUGAAGAGUCACAUCUUCACCAAGAACCAAGUAAGAGAAUUCCUUCUUGGAGUGGUCGCCCAAUCUGGAUGGAAAAGAUGGUAAUGUGCAGAGUAAAAGUUCCACACACAUUUGCAGUUCACUCUUACACCCGCCCCACAAUAUGUCAGUACUGUAAGCGGUUACUGAAAGGCCUCUUCCGCCAAGGAAUGCAGUGUAAAGAUUGUAAAUUUAACUGCCAUAAACGUUGUGCAUCAAAAGUACCAAGAGAUUGCCUUGGAGAGGUUACUUUCAAUGGAGAACCUUCCAGUCUGGGAACAGAUACAGAUAUACCAAUGGAUAUUGACAGUAGUGAUAUGAACAGUGAUGGUAGUCGGGGUUUGGAUGACACAGAAGAACCGUCUCCCCCAGAAGAUAAAAUGUUCUUCUUGGAUCCAUCUGAUCUUGAUGUGGAGAGAGAUGAAGAAGCUGUUAAAACAAUCAGUCCAUCAACAAGCAAUAAUAUUCCACUAAUGAGGGUCGUACAAUCCAUCAAGCACACAAAGAGGAAGAGCAGCACGAUGGUGAAGGAAGGAUGGAUGGUCCAUUACACCAGCAGGGACACCCUGAGAAAGAGGCAUUAUUGGAGACUUGACAGCAAAUGUCUAACAUUGUUUCAAAACGAAUCUGGAUCAAAGUAUUAUAAGGAAAUUCCACUUUCAGAAAUUCUCCGCAUAUCUUCACCACAAGAUUUCACAAACAUUUCACAAGGCAGCAACCCACACUGUUUUGAAAUCAUCACUGAUAAUAUGGUGUACUUUGUUGGCGAGAACAAUGGGGACAGCUCUCACAAUCCUGUUCUUGCUGCCACUGGAGUUGGACUUGAUGUAGCACAGAGCUGGGAAAAAGCAAUUCGCCAAGCUCUCAUGCCUGUCACCCCUCAAGCCAGUGUUUGCACGUCUCCCGGGCAAGGGAGAGAUCACAAAGAUUUGUCUACCAGUAUCUCUGUAUCUAAUUGUCAGAUCCAGGAGAAUGUGGACAUCAGUACUGUUUAUCAGAUCUUUGCAGAUGAGGUGCUUGGUUCAGGCCAGUUUGGCAUCGUUUAUGGAGGAAAGCAUAGAAAGACUGGAAGGGAUGUGGCUAUUAAAGUAAUUGAUAAGAUGAGAUUCCCCACAAAACAGGAAAGUCAACUCCGUAAUGAAGUGGCUAUUUUACAGAAUUUGCACCAUCCUGGGAUUGUAAACCUGGAAUGUAUGUUUGAAACCCCAGAACGAGUUUUUGUCGUAAUGGAAAAGCUGCAUGGAGAUAUGUUGGAAAUGAUUCUAUCCAGUGAGAAAAGUCGACUUCCAGAACGAAUUACUAAAUUCAUGGUGACACAGAUACUUGUUGCUUUGAGGAAUCUACAUUUUAAAAAUAUUGUGCACUGUGAUUUAAAGCCAGAAAAUGUGCUACUCGCAUCAGCAGAGCCAUUUCCUCAGGUGAAGCUGUGUGACUUUGGUUUUGCACGCAUCAUUGGUGAAAAGUCGUUCCGGAGAUCUGUGGUAGGAACACCUGCAUACUUAGCCCCUGAAGUUCUCAGAAGCAAAGGUUACAACCGUUCUCUAGAUAUGUGGUCAGUGGGAGUUAUCGUCUAUGUGAGCCUCAGUGGCACGUUUCCUUUUAAUGAAGAUGAAGAUAUCAACGACCAAAUCCAAAAUGCUGCAUUUAUGUACCCACCAAAUCCAUGGAGAGAAAUUUCUGGUGAAGCAAUUGAUUUGAUAAACAAUCUACUUCAAGUGAAGAUGAGAAAACGUUUCAGUGUGGACAAAUCUCUUAGUCAUCCCUGGCUACAGGACUAUCAGACUUGGCUUGACCUUAGAGAAUUUGAAACUCGCGUUGGAGAACGUUACAUUACACAUGAAAGUGAUGAUGCCCGCUGGGAAAUACAUGCAUACACACACAACCUUGUAUACCCAAAGCAUUUCAUUAUGGCUCCCAAUCCAGACGAUAUGGAAGAAGAUCCUUAAUUAUCAAUGAGCUAACUUCAGAAAGAAAGGAUUUCAUUUUAUGGACUGCUAUUUUGCUGCACAACUGUUGUUCUUUGGAGAUUGUUAUCUGCAAGAAUGCAAAGACAUGAGGAAAUAUGAUAAGGAAUCAGUGACACCAAUACUGUAGUUCAUAAUGAGUAGGUACAAGAGGGGAAACUGAGUAAUAAAAACAGAUAAUGGAACCAAGAUGAAGCUUUUCAUAAAUUUUUACAGCAUAAACAAUAACUGGUUUUUGUAUUUUUUCCUAAUCUUUCACUUUAGUACAAUAGUGGCACUUAAUUUAUCUUCCCUUUCCUGUUCUUAUUUUUUAAAAGGCAAAAAGGCAAGCCAGAGUCCAGUUAUUGCAUAGCUUAACCAAAUCAUACAAGAGUUACAAGGUUGAUUACUGAACAGGUUUGCAUUGAAGAGAUAAACGAGAUUUCCUAUAAGGACUUGAAACAUCUAUCUGACCAUACAGAGGCACUGAGGGGGGGUUUCCUAGAUGCUUAGAAAAGGACUGCUGGACCGUUUUACCUUUCUUUUUUAGGUCAAUCAAGACUCCAAAACAGUGAUCCCUAACCUUUUUGGAUUUGAAACUCUGAAUAUGCUCUCUACAACAUAAAAAUUAAGUUGCCACCUUUUGUGAGUAUGUUACAAUAGCCUCUAAGGUAAUUUGGGACAACUGAUGGUAUAAAAGUAGGAGUAGGAAUCGCUGGUCUGAGUGCUGAGUUACCAUGUAUGUUUGCUCAUAGCUCAACUCUACUGCUAAAUAAAUACUCAUGUUCCCACUGACACCAAUGUUAAGAGUCCAGUAUUCAAUGGGUACAGAUCUAAACUCUGUACAAUUUAUUUUUACAGGGGGUUGAAUAGUUUGAGGAAGAAAAUGAAGGCCAGUACAGGGUCAGUUAAUGCUACAGGAAAGAAUAAUGAACAGUAUCCAUCUGGAAUGUUUUAAAAUCAAUUAUUUUAAGCAGUUCGGGCAAGUGGAUGCAGCUGACCAUGAAACAACCUAGUAGUUUAUAAGGGUAGGGACAUAUCAGCAGCAGAGCAAAUGAAAGAAUUUUCUUUUUUUUUUUUUAAACAUUUCAGCUCCAGCAGCCAGCUAAAGAAAAUUUUUUCUACUCAGAUAUAACAAGAGGUUAGACUUUUUCAAAGCUUUUAAAAAGUUACUAAUAAUCUCCCCUCCACCCACACACUACUUUCUGGGACCAUCCACUUAUAAAAUCUAAUGGCUUGUUUCUUCAUUCCUCAGUAAUCACUGUAAACGUUUUUUCCUCUAUAAAGAGCAAAAGAUUUGGAGUCAGAAGGUUUCGGUUUAGUCUUCUAUGUCCAGCCUCCCUUAUUAGCUGUGUUGGCCUGGCCAGGUGACAAUCCGUGUGAGCCUUAAGUUCCUCAAUCUAGAAAAUGAAGGUAAUGAUUCUCGCCUCUACCUUCCUCAGUGUUGUGAAGAUGAGAUAUGUAUAACCAUAGUCAAUAAACUAAAAACUAUAAAACUUAAAUCAUCACUGCCCACUGAAUCCGAGGUAACAAAGGAAAAGAUUGUUCAUAUAUAAACAAAGACUGAGAGAGUCUUUUGAGAUGCCUGAAGCUACUCCCUUAUCAAGGACUAAAAAUGUCCUUGAGAGAGUAGCAAACAUGCAGUGCUCCAAUGUAUGUUCUGAGCUCUUUACAUGUUAACUUAUCCUCACAACAGUAUAGGAUGAACUCCAUGUGACAGAUAAGGAAACUGAGGCACAGGGAAGUUAAGUAGCUGCUGAAGGUCACACAGUAUUUGAACCCAGGCAGUGUGGUUCUGGAGUCCUUACCUUGCUAACCAUUUUGCUAUACUGCCUCUCCAUAAAUAUCUCCAGGAGACAUUCCACAGCUCAGUAUUUCAGUCUCAUUUAGCAGUUUUAAAAAUCAAAAUUUUUCAAAACCUUUUAGAAAUGUGUUUUCUCUAGGAUAGAGGAUGACUUCCCCCAAUUUCUCCAAAGUCAGUCUUUAUAUCAACGUGCUAAAAUGGAGUAAUUCUGAGUCCUUAAGCACCCUGUUGUGGUUUUACUGCAUAAAGUGAAAAUGAACUGGAAUGAUGUUUAUUUGCUAUACUUACAUAAUCAAAUUUUACAAGCCAUGAAAGUAAUUUCACUCUUUUUGUUUUGUUGUUGAAUGCCUAAGAAGUUUUCUAAAUUUGUAAAGGCACUGUCAGAUAAUUUGGAGUUGAGUAAUUGCUCCAGAUACUGUAUAACGUGCAUAACCAUUUUUUUGUCUUGAAGUUGUCUGUACAAGAAAUAAUUGUAAGAAACAUUUGAUAAUGUACAAAGUAGUCCAUAAUGACACUGUUCAGUACAUUUUUAUAUUUUUUUGUUACAUCCCACUUUUUGUAAAUAACCUCAAAGAAGCUUAAUAAUAAAAUGUAUUUCCAUAUCACUAUACUUUUCCAUGUGAAAACCUGAGCCUAUCUCUAGUCAAGGUAUCCAAAGAAAAUUUUAUUUGGUUGUGUUAUUUUUUCCCCCAGGCCUUGGUAAGAGAACUAUUUUGAACAUAGUAUUUAUAAAUGGAACUAAUGCUAUAUUUAAGAACACUGAUUUUUUUAAACUGCCUAAAAUAAAAAACAACUCAUUUUAUAAUUUUAUAUGAAAAUUGAGGUAAUUAUCUAGAGGUCUCAUUUCUUGGAAUGAAAGUUUGGAAUAACUGUAACUACAAAUUUUUCAGGAACUACCAUCAAAUAGUCCACUACUGCAACUGUCAGAAGGCUUAAAUGACUAGCACUGGUCCAAGGCUGCACAGCAGCUGAAAAACAAACCCUCCAUUUUCCUUUAGAGUGAGAUACAGAAUCUCAGCUGAGCCAAAGAAGCAAUAAAAAGCAACAGUUCAUCACUCUGCCAAUGAACUUCCAAUACAGUUUUGCCAUAAGUUGAAGACACAUGGCUAAUAUUCUUUUCCUUAAAUCUUACUUGUAAAUUUGUGUUGCUAAUAUAAUUUUUUAGAAAGUCCAUGUGAUUGGUGUUAAUUUAAAAGUUCUGUGAACCAAAACAUGAAAACUUAGUGGAAAACUUGACAUUUAUCUGAAAAUAAGGGAAAAUUAGCUCAAUUUAGAAAAUUAUCCCUCUUAGGUAGUCUAUUAUAUUUACUCAUAUUUCAAUACAUGUCAGGUUUACUGGUUUUACUAUGACUUAAAUUUUUUUUAAUCUACUUUUGUUUUUAAUUAUAAAAUUCACAGGAGCAUGUGGUAAAAAAUUCAAAUACCUCAAAGGAGAACAAAUAAAAAAUUAAGUUUCUUCCCACCCCUAAAACCCACAUCCAGUUGGGAAAUUUAAUAGUGAUUUUUGGGUAUCCUUUUCUUAUGUCUUACAUAACAAGUAAAUGUCACAGAAAACAACCAGUCUGCACUGAAAUAUUUCUAUGGAAUUACUUAUGAGCAGUUCUUUAAAUGUAGCUUUUCUCCAACAAAAAUGGAAUCAUAACUAUAAAACAGUUUGCACCCUACUCUUUUCACUUACUAAAUCUUAUAGGUCUUUCUAUGUCAGAACAUAUUGCUGUAUGUCAUUUUUAAAAAUAACAUGUUGAUAGUUCUAUUUAACCAGUCCCCUGUGAAUGGCCAGUUAGGUUGUUUCCAGUUUUUAUUAAACCAAUCAGUGUUCAUGUUUACUUUUAAAAAUAAAACAAAAACAUAGCAACUCGCCUUGCUAAUUAAAGGAAACUCAGUUUCACGAUUACUUGUUUCCUAUGUGAGAACACACAUUUUGUUCCCAGUUUUAGACACAGUGUUUAGUUGUAUGUAAGAUGAGCUAUUUUUAUUGACUAUGAAGAGAUAAAAUAUUUUAAU